GCAGGACAGACUGAAGAGGAGAGGGAGACGUAGAGGGGGCUCAGACCUAGGGGCAAGCCCAAGGCCUUCCACCAUCCCGGGCCUCACCUCGAAGGACAAGUGCAUGGAUAUGAGGGGACCUGUCCUUGUCAAGAGUUUGGAGUUGCAUUUGUAAGAAGUUUGAUUUUUUUUCUUGCCACCCUGCGGCUGUUGCCCCCUCCUUCAUCUCUCCCUCUUGCACCCUGGUGUAUGCCCCCCGCUGCCAUUGCCUUUCGAAAUACACAACUGGUCUCCAGUCACCACAAUCUACUCUCAGGACACUCCUGGACUUGCUUGAAUCCUGCUCUAUAAUUUAUUAACUCUUUAGCCUGGGAAUAAGAUCCCGACAUUUACCAUGUACCGUGCCCAAGUGAUGAUGAACUUAAAUGCCAACGAGAAUGGGGCUUCCGGCCCACAGACGCGACCCCUCACCAAGACUGCUGGAGCUCCCCCAAGCCCUAGUGUUCUCCCCAAACGCCAAAAAAUCACACCAGAGCAAGACCAGUCGCAGCCCUGCCCACCUCAGUUUGUGCGCAAGCUUAAGAACGCUGCCAUUGGCACGGGCUGUGACAUCCGUCUAAAGGUGGCAGUGUCAGGAAACCCAAAGCCAACGCUGAGCUGGUACAAAAACAAAGAGCCCCUUGACCCCAGAGCAGAGGAAUACGGGACGCUGUGCAUAAGGGACAGCAAGAUGGAGGAUGCCGGGGUUUACACUUGCGUGGCGCAGAACGCGUUGGGGGAAGCGGUGACCAGCGCCGUGCUUGCCAUCAUCGACUUAGAAGACUCUGAGCCAGGAGAGGAGGACACAGGAGGACCCCAGCUACAGCGGACAAUUCGGGCUCCAAACAACACACCCUUGGGCACCCCUUCAGGAGACUCAGAUACAUUGCUGGCUAGCUCGCUACACACCACUCCCAGCACGCUGACCGGACUGUCGCAGACGGAUGAGUUCUCAGACUGGUCAGGCAGUCAACAGACGGUAGUAGAGAGGGACUCCAAGAAUGCCAGGCAAGGCUUUGCUCAGGGGGUGGGGACUCGCCACCUGGGGGUGGAGCCCCUUAUCCCAGCCUCCAGCAACAAUCAUCCAGGCAGUGUCUGGGGGUCAGAGGUCAGCCUGUCAGGGUUCAGCGACCUGUAUAGCAGCGCCUUCAGCCUCUACCGGGGCAGAUCUUGUGCCAUCCGGGUUUUUUUACCAGAAGGGGGGCUGAGGCGAGGCAGCAUCAAUGGUGCCAUUCCAGACUCCCCCCGACCUCUUCAGAGUCCCAGAACUCCUAUUCUACCUCCGCCUUCUCCCCGUCUAGGCCAAAGGCCAUCUGCCAAUCCUAUACCAAGCAGCCGUGGCCAAUCAACACCUCUCACACCCCGGAAGAAAACCCAGAUGCCUUCACAGUAUCAAGACUCAGUGGCUGAGGAGUUUGAGGAGAAGGUUAAGAGGCCAAAGUCCUCAGCCGGCUCUCAGGUCAGUGGUCAAGAGUCUCGCCCUCAGACGCCAGUAAGUGAAUCAUCAGGAAGAGUAUCCAUCUUGAGGGCAUCUCCAAAGCUGGUCCGUUCUGGCUCCAAAAUAUUUGAUAAACUGCGUUGCCUUGAAGAGAGAAGAAAAAGCCUGGAUCAAACAGACAGUCCUUUCCCUGUGCAAUCAUGGUUGCCGCUUCGUAAGGCAAGGUCUUUUGACCAACCAGGAGAAGAUGGACUGGGCACCGGCUUAGAGUCCUCCACUGAGGAGCUAAGAGAUGACCUAAGAGAUGGAGUAAGAUCAGAAAUUGGAGGUUACACCUUGAGGUGUCCCUCACUGAGAUACAAGACAUCUUCACUAGAUGAUAGGGGAGCCUUCUCAGGUCGAAUAAGUGAUAUUGAGGCAAGGUUCUCCCAAGAGCUCUCUAGAAUCAAGCGAACUGUUUCUCAGCAACAAUUAAUCCGGUCAUCACAGGACUUAACACGCAACUCACAAACAUCACUUUCUAGCCAAACUGCUCUGGAUUCCGCUCCAACCCAAGUGCUUAAAGGCUCAAAGCCACCUGAAAUUCAGGAACAAAAGCCAGCAACUACUAUGAACACUGCCCGGAAGCCUCUUGCACGAAGCUAUGCCACCGCCAACCAAAUAUCACAAGAUAAGGAACCUCGGGGAGUCAUAAGCCAGACAACUUCAGCUCCAGAAAAAUCAUCCAAUGGUUCAAUUAUUCACCAUGAAGUAGUUAAGCAAACAGAAACCCGCCUGAUGUCACAAGCACCUCCAAAAGUCAAUAUCAUUGCUCCAAAACCAGUUUUGGCCCAUGCGCAAACCCCAAAGCAGGAUGCUACAGAUUCCAGGCACGGGAGAGUUCCAGACCGAGGAAGUGAACCCCCACCACCCAGCACACAUGCUCCACCAGCUCUGGAAAUAGCACAUAGAGGGAUAGGGAGGGAAAAGGGAACUUUAAGUGCAGACAGAAGAGGAGAUACAAGAUACCUCCCAUGGGCGGUACCACCAGAACCUACCAAAAGAAGCCAAGCCCCACAAGGGAAGGGUGGGGGGCAAACCAAAAAGCACAGCGACUCCCACACUAGUGGCAAAAGCAGCAAACCAUCCAAAAGCAAAGGAAAAAGCCGACGGCAUAGGGUCAUGUCACCAGAACUAGAGUCAUCGGACGAUUCCUACGUAUCGGCUGAAGAAGAUCCUGGAGAGCCUCCGGUAUUUGAAAUCCCCUUACAAAGUGCCCUGGUCAAUGCCGGCUCAGAAGUUUUGUUAAAAUGUAUCAUAUCAGCCAAUCCAACAGCAGAAGUGGUAUGGAGAAAAGAUCGAGCAGUGCUCAAAAACAGUGUUACUCAUCAGAUCCGGGCAGAGGGUGAGAGGCAUUCGCUGCUAAUACGCUGGGCGUUGCCUUCCGACUCUGGAAUCUACACCGUGACGGCACGUAAUGAAGUGGGCGAGGCCAGCAGCUGCGGAGCGCUGACGGUGAAACCAGCACCUGCCACCGAUUCUCCUGCUCACCGCGGCACUCCUAAAGAUGUUCUGAGUCCCAUUACAUCUGAUGAUGAGUAUCUGAGCCCCCAGGAAGAUUUAAGUGAGCCUGCAACACCCCAGCACGUAAUGCCUGGCAAAGCCACUAUGGUGACCUUCAAAGCCCCUCCCUCAUUCAAGGUGCCACUGUCAGACCAGAUGGUGUUUGAGGGCCAAGAAGUCAUUCUGCGAGUUCAUGUAGAAGGGGAACCCAAACCUAUGAUUAGCUGGUUAAAGAAUAAGCAGCAGCUGAAAUCAGGCACCAGAUGUCACAUGAUGGAGGAGGAAGGCGGGAUCUUUGCACUGCACAUCUCGGGGACCGAUAAGCGGGACACCGGAUUCUAUACCUGUAAAGCAAUAAAUGAGUACGGGACUAAGCAAUGCGAAGCCAAGGUGGAAGUACGAGCUUCCUCUGGCAGUACCAGCUUGGAGGUGUUGACCCCCUUGCAGGAUGUGAGUGUGGGCGCUGGGGAGGCGGCGGUGUUUGAGUGUGUGGUUUCGGGACCCCCGGAUCUAGACGUGGACUGGAUGUUCCGGGGGAAGCUGCUGCAGCCAGCCCUGCUGGACUGUAAGAUGCGGUUCAACGGCAAGCAGUGUCUUCUACUCCUCAACUCUGUGCAUGAAGAUGACAGCGGAGUCUACACCUGUAAACUCAGCACGGCAAGAGAUGAGCUGACGUGCAGCGCUGUGCUGACUGUUCACCCCUCAUUGGCUCCCCUGUUCACCAGGAAGAUGCAAGAUCGGGAUGUGGUGGAGGGUCGCACUGCCCGACUGGACUGUAAAAUCAGCGGCACGCCACCCCCUGUUGUCACAUGGACUCAUUUCAAUCAGCCAGUGGAAGAGGGCGAGACAUUCCAUAUUCUGAAGGAGAGGGGGCACCAUACUCUUCUCAUCACCCAUGUGUCCAGUGAAGAUGAGGGGCAAUAUACCAUCACUGCCCGCAACCAGCAUGGUGAAGAGGAAUGUUCUGCAGAGCUCUAUGUAGAGGAACCUAGACUUUCCACGUCAUCACACAUAUCCAAGCUUGAAAAGAUGCCUUCCAUCCCAGAAGAACCGGAGGUGCAAGACAUUGAGGUGGAGGGAGUGCUCAUGCCGGAUUUCCUGCGACCACUGCAGGACCUCGAUGUGGUGGAGUCUCGUGAGGUUCAGUUGGAAUGUCAAGUAACUGGCUUACCAUAUCCAACCAUCACCUGGUACCACAAUGGAAAGAAGAUCCAGAGCACAGAUGACCGCAGAAUGACCCAAUAUAAGGACAUCCAUCGUCUUGUGUUCCCAUCUGUUAGCCACACACAUGCCGGUGUUUACAAGAGUGUCAUCUCAAACAAGGUUGGCAAGGCCGCGUGUUAUGCUCACUUAUACGUCACAGACGUGGUCCCAACUCCUCCAGAUGGCCCCCCUAUUAUCGCAUCUGUGACGGGAAAAACUGUCAAACUGCGAUGGAAUCCCCCCAAAUGGCUGGAUCCUGUUAUAGACCUGGAUCAGCUGACUUAUUCUAUCCAGCAGCAAGUGGUGGGCUCUCCGCAGUGGACAGUCAUUGCUACCAAUGUGAAAGAGACCAGCUACUCAGUCAAAGCAUUAACCAUAGGGCACCAGUAUCUGUUCCGGGUGGUGACCUACACUGCUACGGCACACAGCAAGCCAUCUCCUCCCAGCGAGAGUGUUAAGCUUCUGGACCGGGGUCCCUAUCUAGAGGAGGCACCUGCGAUCAUAGACCGCCCUGAACUCCUGUACAUGGUAGAGAACCAGCUCUUGUGUGUGACAGUGACCCUGAACCAUGUGGAGGCCGAUGUGACCUGGAAGAGAGCAGGCACGAUUCUUCGCAGCGUUGAUGGCGUGCGUGAGAUGAGUAUGCCGGACGACGGGCAGCACUCGCUCACAAUCUUCAGUCCCAAGAAAUCCGACCUCGGCCCGCUGACAUUCGAAGCCAGGAACCGGUAUGGAGCCGACAGGUGCACCGUCAACAUAGAGAUGGCAGAGACGCCCCGUUUUGACUCUAUCAUGGAAGACAUAGAGAUAAGAACAGGGGAGACAGCCCGCUGCGUUGUGGUGGUGGAAGGAAAACCAGUACCAGACAUCAUGUGGUACAAGGACGGUCAGCUGUUGGUGGAGAGCGGACAUCUUAACUUUGUGUAUGACGAUGCGGAGUGCUCCCUGGUCAUCCUCAAUGCCUCCCCCGAGGACUCGGGAGUAUAUACCUGCACAGCACGCAACCUGGCCGGCGAGCUCUCCUGCAAGGCUGAACUUCAGGUGUGCGCAGAGGAUCCUGGAGCCGGGUCAGCAAUGGACGAAUCGGAUGGACUGAAAGCUCGGAGAAUGACCGAUUACUACACCAUUCACAAGGAGAUCGGAAGAGGUGCGUUCUCCUACGUCCGCCAUGUGCUGGAGAAGAGAAGCGGUCUGGAUUUUGCAGCCAAAUUCAUUCCAUCGCGGGGGUCAUCCAAGGAGAAGGCGAGGAGAGAGAUGAAAAUACUGUCCCAGAUCAGCCACGAGCGGAUUGUUUAUUUCCACGAGGCGUUUGAGAAGCGAAGCGCGCUAAUCAUCAUCAUGGAGCUAUGUUCCAAGGAAGAGAUUCUGGACAGAGUGGUCAGGAAAUCUAUAGUGCAUGAAUCAGAGAUCCGAUCCUUUGUGCGUCAGAUCUUGGAAGGAUUAUAUUAUUUGCACCACAAGAAAAUAUUACAUCUGGACAUCAAGCCAGAAAAUAUUCUCAUGGCAGACAUGAGCGGCGAUCAGAUCCGGAUCUGUGAUUUUGGGAAUGCCCAGGAGCUGACCGAUGGGGAGCAACAGUACUGCAAAUACGGAACCCCUGAGUUUGUGGCCCCGGAGAUUGUCAACCAGAUGCCAAUUUCUACCGUCACUGAUAUAUGGCCUGUUGGUGUCAUUGCAUAUUUAUGCCUCACAGGAGUUUCCCCCUUUGUGGGAGAAAAUGAUUACACCACGUUGAUGAACAUUCGAGGAUAUACGGUGGCGUUUGAAGAAAAGAUGUUUGCAGAUCUAACUCGGGAAGCAAGAGGAUUCCUAAUUAAGGUCCUGGGCAAUGAAAAGCUGAGACCCAAUGCUGAGGAGAGUAUGGAUCAUCCAUGGUUCAAAACUUUGGCAAAAGGAAAAAACAUCAGCACGGAUCAUAUUAAAUUGUUCCAGUCAAGACGCAAGUGGCAGCGUUCUCUUAUCAGUUUCAAGUCCAAUAUGGUAUUGCGAUCUAUCCCAGAGCUCCUGCAGGACACCAGCAACCACUUGUCUAUUGCUGUCCCUAGAAAUGCCAAAGAGUCCUCUAACCUAUCCUCUUCUUCUGAUUCCGAUGACCUGGAAGAGCUCCCCUAUGUACCCAUGCCUCUUCAAGUCCAGUUCUCUGGUUCUCGAAUGUCCCUUAAUGAAAUCCCAACUGAUGAAGAUCAACCUUCUCAGAAUACAGAAGAUGCCAUUAUGGAAGAUCAGGAGAGCGAUGAUGGUAGAGAACCCAUCGGCCAAGUCAUAGAAUCAGAAGUCCCACGUAGAGAGGUGCCAGAGUCACUUAGCAAACGACCCAAGGGGUCACUUACCAGAAAGAAAUCAAAUGAAGAUGAAGGGGGUUCUUCCUCCGAUGAAGAACCCUUGGACAGUCGAAAGGCUGAUCACCCAAGAAAGGUACUCAAAAAAGGAUCCAGCUUGGAGUCUUCAGACAUACCUGAUGAGGAGCUAGUAGUAGCUCGCAGAGGUGAACUUAGGAGGGGAAGCUCUGCUGACAGCGCUCUCUUGCUAAAUGUAUCAAGUGAAGAUAGUGAUAUAAGAAAUGAGCUUGAGAAGGGAAUGACUAAAGCUGCCUCCAUGGAGCUUCCAACCAGAAACCGUAGCCCUAUGAGACGGAAAAAGCUGGGAUCAGCAGAGGAGGAGUAUGCUCAACGUCUGGAGUUAAUGAGGCAAAGGCUUCUGAGGGGGGCCUCAGCAGAUGGAAAGCUUAGUGGUCUCAGAGGUCCCCUGAUGGAAACACUCUCUAGUGAUAAAAAACGAGGUGAACAACUGUCUGUGCACCCACAAAGAACUGACAAUGAACCUUCAUCACCCAUCCCGACAAUUAAACUUACCCGUGCCGCUUCCAGUGAGGCUGCGCCUGGAAGAGAAGCAUCAGAAGAGAGAGUCUUAAGAAAGACCAGUUCUUUUUCACAUUCUGACACAGAGCCACUUAUUCUGCAUCGUAGGUCUGGUGCACCGCUUGAAAUUCCACUUGCUCAAGUGGAGGCUCAGCGCUUAAAGGAAGCUCCCUCUAUGUCUGCUCUGACAGAUCAGUCACGAUUUGAUUCUCGUCCUCAAACUCCGCGUGAGAUUCCAUCAAAGUCUGUGACUCCUGAACCAAGCCAACAGUCAGAAAGUGUGGAUGGGGAAACUCAGAAUCACAGAGUAGAUGAGAAGCAUCAAGGGGCAAACUUAGAAACUGUACUUCCAAAAGUAACUUCCUUGGUAGAGGAUGCGAUUCCCAGAAUAGAAAUACCAAGCAUGCAAGUAGGGCAGCCAGCUGAAAAACCAUCUCAGGGAAAUGCGACAAAAGCCCAUGAACUCAAUGCAAGAACUACAGAAGAAACACCAAAUGCUUUGCCAGCUGCGAAAGAUAAAUCAACAAUAUUAGAGAGUGCACCUUCUCACCUGGUACCAAAGGAGCUUCCUAAACCAGAAGAGAAGCCUAUUUUAGUAAAAACACACACAGAAGAAAUUACAUCAGGAAAAACAUCUCCCUCUGGCGAUAAACCUAAAAGUGAAGUCAUUGCACCAUCUACAUUGCCAAGUUCUCCUGCAGCAACUUCACCUUUGCCAAACCUAUCUGCUGUGUUACCAACUUUGAAAAGUCCAUCUCUUGCUCCAUCAACCUUGCCAAAGACAGUUACUUUUACUUCUUCUCCACCAAGUCAAGCCACUGAAUCUGUCCACUUUCCAAAUCCAAAUCUAACUGCUGGUUCAUCUUCAUUGAGAGCUCCAUCUAUAAUGAAGUCAACCCAACAAUCGCCAGCAAAAGUCCCAGCACCAUCUAAGACAGCAGUUAGAGAGCCAUCACCCGUUUCAAAACCCCAAUCAGAAACUGAUGCAUCAACUAAAAGAUCCGCCUAUGCCGAAAUGCUGCAAACACUACAGGUGCCAACAUCUGAGGAUGGGUCACAAGAACCCAUUGAAAUUCCGAAGAUUUCCACAACAGGACAAUCUAGUCUUCAAAAGAAACCUCCAGAGGACAAGCCAAGUUCCACUUCAGCAGUCAAGAUGGGGGAAAAAGUUACUAGAGAGGUUGCAGCAGUGCCUGAGCCACCAGCCUUUUCUAAGGUUAAACAGCCCACUGCUGAAAGUACAGAGAAUGUUCAACACAUCAGCAACAUAGAUUCAGAAGAAGUGUUUGAAGCCAAAUUCAAGAAGAAUCGAGAGUCUUCUCUUACUCGGGGAUUGAAGAAGCUGACCAGGACUUGGUCAGAAGAAAAGAAUUUAGCAACUGCCCAUGUAUCACAGGAGGAGGAAAUGUACAGGCCCAGUCCAGUUGGUGUCCCCCUUGAGUUCCUAGUGCCUGCAGCUCUUGCCUUGGAUGAUAGGUCUAGAUCUGUUCAGGACCUACGGGAUGCAGAAAAAGAUCCAAGUUUCAUGAGAAGGCUGUCUCAACGCUUCAAGAAGACUCCAACAACUGAGCGAAAGGAGCGACAAGCAGGGGAAGCAGAAUCACCCACUUUGCCAGGAAGGCGUCUUUCCUGGACCCUAGGAAGGGGAAGUGCCAAAGACAAGAAAGAUGCCGAAAGCUUGAAAUCAGAGACAGGGUCAAUUGAAACCAUAUCUGAAGGCAUUUCCAAAGAACAAAAGAAGGCCAGUGAAUCACCAGUGUUGGCAAUAAGGAGAAAAAUUGGAAACACAAUGGACCGUUUGUCAAUAAAGCUGAGAAGCCAGUCAGAGGAAAGAGGUGAUUCGGAGAGUCAGGAUAGAAAAGAAGACAGACCUGAGAAGAGAACACCACUGAUGUCUAUACUGAGGAGAUCAAACUCUGAAGGAGAGAAUAUACGUAAACUUGGAAUACCACAAAACCAGCUUGCUGCACAGGUUGCAUCAUCAACUUCCAAAGAAUCUGUCAACUCUGGUCUCAGCAUCAAAUCAGAAAUGGUGGAAAAAGAUGACAGGCGAUCCAGAUGGGACCGCUGGAGUCUUUCACGCAGUAAGAAGGACAAGAUGAUUUCCCAACCAAGCAUCCCUGUCAGCUUGGUCCAAGAAGAUGGCAGCAUAGUGGGCAAACAGUACAUCCGCAACGAGUCAGAUUUCCCCCCGGUUUUCCACAUCAAGUUGAGGGACACGGUCAUUCUAGAUGGGGAUUCGGUAACCCUUUCCUGUCUUCCUGCUGGCAGCCCUGCACCCCGCAUCAUGUGGAAGAAAGAUAAAAUGGUUUUGGAAUCAGGAGGACAUGUGACUAUAAAAUCGAGCCCCGAUGGACGCCAAGUUCUCACCAUCACAAAUGCUGGACAGCAAGAGGCCGGGCUGUACGAAUGUGUGGCAGCGAAUGCUCUGGGCAAUGCCACCAGUUCUUGCUGCUUGUCUGUUGCACGAAUGCCACAAGCCCCCGGGACCCCGGAGAUCCCCCAGAAAUAUAAGAACACAGUGCUGGUUCUGUGGAAGUCCAAGGAACUCAACUCCCCCUGCACCUUCACCCUGGAGAGUCAGAUGAAAGAAGAAGGGGAGUGGAAGGCGAUCAGCUCCGGCAUCAGGGAUUGCUAUUACAAUGUCACCGAGCUGCCAUCCGGUGCUGUCAGGUUCCGCGUCGCCUGUGUGAACAAAGCUGGCCAGGGACCCUACAGCAGUUUUUCCAAGAGCGUUGUCAUAGAUGGAGACGAUCACAAGCCUUCCCCUGCUGUGGGUCAUGCUGCUCAGAAGGCUCGUCAAGUGAUGCCCACGAUAUCUUCUUUUGGACCAAUCGCUCCUCGUGUCACUGCUUCCCCAGAAGCCUCUCCUCCAAUUGUGUCUACUAUUAAAUUGCCUCCAUCAUUUGGAUCUCCUCUAGCUUCACCUUUAAAUCCGGCAUUAACGAACACUCCAGCUCCUACCACCCCUGCAGAGCCUCCUUCUAAAGCACCUCCUCCACCAACCCCUCCAAGGAAGCACAGAGGAUUUGUUCCUACCCCUCCCACAGUGCACAGAUCAUUACCUCAAACCGUCACUAAGGUUGAGCCCCCAAAUCAAGUUUCUAUACCCAACAAGUUGCAGUCUGCUGAGCCUCCACUAGGUGUUCCUGUAACAUCUCAUAUUUCCACAGUAAACAUGUCGGCAUCAACUGGACCAUCUGUGUCCCAUCUGAGAGUUUCACCUUCCGCCCCAACUCAACAAGUGAAGCCUGCUCCUGAACCAGCUGCUAAAACUGUGCCAGUGACUUCUGUGCAACAAGCUAGAUCUCCUACAGAGUCACAGAAAGCACCAUCUCCAACGUUUGUGCCCCCAGUGAAAGCUGUGCCCGUCUUUCCAACUACUAAGUCUCCUGUGCCUGCAGAACCAACCAAACCACUUUUAACAGAGCCACGAAUUCCACCACCAGUGGCUCCCAGACCAGUUUUUGCUGCUCCCUCAGUUCCAAUUAUGUUGCACAUUCCCCCUUUCAAAGCCUCAAAUUCACCUUUAAGCCCAACUUCUCCUACCAAACCCUUUUUCCCUUCUCCUCCAACGAGUCCACUUUACAAGCCACCAUCUCCCUCAUCCUCUACCUAUAUGGUGACCUCCUUCAUAUCAAUGCCACCAUCCACUCCAACAAAAGAGACUUUCCAAUCACAGUCUACCACACCAAUCCCUCAGAUUGUUCCUCCCACACAAGUUCCCCGGGUUUUUGCCCCCCACUUGGUUCCUCAGGUUGUUGUCCCUACACCAGUUCCUCAGGUUGUUUCCCCAACACCGGUUCCUUGGGUUGUUGCCCCCACACAGGUUCCCCAGAUCGUUGCCCCCACACCGGUUCCUCAAGUUGUUUCACCCACACCAGUCACUCAGAUUGUCUCUUCCAUGCCGGUUGUCCAGACUGCCACUCUUGCACCUGCUGCUCAAACUGUCCCUACACGCAUAUUAGUCAGAAGUGUCACUCCUGGGAAAGAUGGCAGAUAUACCCCAGUGCCGGGAGGAAGAGUGACCCCAUCAGGAAGAGAAAGCGCUCUUCGACAAGGAGUACCCCAAAAACCUUACACAUUUUUGGAAGAGAAAACAAGGGGUCGCUUUGGAGUGAUUCGGGAGUGUAAAGAAAAUGCAACAGGAAAGACCUUCAUGGCCAAGAUCAUCCCCUAUGAACAAGAGAACAAGCAGAGUGUGCUACAAGAGUACGAGGUCCUGAAAUGUCUCCACCAUCAGAGGAUCCUGAGCCUGCACGAGGCAUACAUCACUCCUCGGUACCUCGUCCUCAUCUCCGAGCAGUGCUCCGGCAGAGAGAUCCUCUACUGCCUUGUAGAAAGGUUCCGUUACUCAGAAGAUGAUGUCGCCAAUUACUUGCUUCAGAUCUUUCAGGGAUUAGAAUAUCUCCAUGAACAGAAGAUCCUACAUCUGGACAUUAAACCAGAGAACAUCAUGGUGUCUUAUAUGAAUACCAUUAAGAUCAUUGACUUCGGAAGCGCUCAGAUAUUCAGCCCUCUCAUCCUUCGCCAGCUGGGGAAACGUGUCGGGACCCUGGAAUACAUGUCCCCAGAGAUGCUGAAAGGAGAGGCUAUUGGACCAGCGGCUGAUAUUUGGGGAUUAGGUGUACUUACAUAUGUAAUGCUAAGUGGACGAUCUCCAUUCUUUGAAUUGGACCCCAUGGAAAUGGAAAACAAGAUUGUAGCUGGACGGUUUGACAUUUUUAAGCUCUACUCCAAUGUUUCUCAAAGUGCUUCCCUCUUCAUACGAAAGCUGCUGUCCAUCUACCCCUGGAGCCGACCCACAUUACAAGAGUGCUUCUCAAACCCUUGGCUUCAGGACGCCUAUUUAAUGAAGCUGAGGCGCCAGACUCUCACCUUCACCACCAACCGCCUCAAGGAGUUCUUGGUGGAGCAUCAAAGAAGACGCUCAGACAUGGCUACCAAGCACAAAGUUCUGCUUCGCUCUUACCAUGGAACGCAGCCACCAGCUCCCGUCACCCAAUGACCACGGGAAAAGGACCUUGGCGAUGAGUAAGGUGGUCACGAAGCCAAAGGUGCAUUACACUGGACGAUAACAAGACGUCAAAGGUCCCAGGGAAAGUAUUGGCAAGGAACAAAAAGUCAAUACCUUAUAGUGUAAAUAGAGAGGACAUCAUAUCCCUGUGCCAAGGGAGUCCUGGGCACAUCGGUGGUCAGUAUACCUCUGUGACUGACAUGGUGUAGUCCAGUGAGACUGAGGAAUAGGAAGCAUUAGAGUUGUGGGUGCAUGGUGCAUGUGAAACACCCCCACUUCCACAGCAAAGAAGAUCUGACAGCUGUUUUUGACCUACCACCACCUUUGACCUCAGUUCAUUGCAACUUUUUAGAGUCAACCUCUACGCUGGAAAAGGAUACUUGACUUGAGUCAUCUGGCCCUUGGUUUCCAUGGCCCCUCCAAGGACUGUUUGGCAUCACUUCCUAGACACAACAAGUGGUCUUAAUGCAAAACAGGCAUUAUUUAUGCAAAGUGUUUUUUAUUUAUUUUAUUUCACUUACCUGGGUUCCUAACUAAAAAAAAAGAUCACCAUGAUACACAGAUAGGUACUCAUUUACAAUAAUAGUCUCAUUUAGAUUUUAGCCCAUUACAAGGCUGAGAUAUUAUAAUAGAAAAAUAAUUGUUUACAAAUUGUUCUCGAAAAACCUUAAAAAGGGCCUACAGAUACUAGAUUGGGGAUAGAUCAUAUGCCCGAUAGAUGACACGAUGAAUUUAACGUUAUAGUAAUCGCGAGCCGUUGGAAGUAAAAGCUUCUGUCUUGUCCGAUUGGUGAGUUCUAAGAUUUUAUUUAAAGGCUAGUAAGAGAGAGAAAGACAACAAAUAGAUCUUUUUUUAGAUAUAAUUGACCAUAGGCCUCCACCAAUCGGAACAACCCUUGUUCUCCUAUUGUACUAGGAGCUAUGCGCUGUACUGUAGAGAUGUUUCAGCUUUACAUCUCCUUAAAAGCACCAAGUGUCUGUCUAUUACAAUUCCCCACUUCCUGUCCACACCUUCCUCUCCUCCCUCAACCUUUGCCCCGUGCUAAAUCGUUUGGUAUGUACCAGCAAGGUCUUCCAUAUCUUCCACCGUCAAGUCACGCCACCAUGUUUUUAUCUGAACAUCAUUGGUUCUGAUUAUGGGAUACUUAAGCAAUGUUAACUAUCCAGCCAUGUUUUCAACCGCUGCCGUACCCUAAUCAAUGUUACUUGAUAGGGAUAAUGUGUUUCAUACCUCCCUUUGAAGACAUAUGUCUGUUCCACUUUCUGGUUUGUUGGGCUGUCACAGAAAGUAGAAGAUGCUAACUAGUCAGCUACUCUCCAAAGAGCCAAGCCACUAACGAAGGAGAGAGGAAAUGCCCAUUGGAUAGAUACUGGACUUACUUAAUGGCUGAUAACAAGAGGGCAAUGUCCUUACUGGCUGAGAACAUGGGACAAUCUCUUUAAGGGCUGAGAACAAGGGAUGUUGACCUUAAUGGCUGAGAACAUGGGACAAUCUCUUUAAGGGCUGAGAACAAGGGACAUUGACCUUAAUGGCUGAAAAAAGGGGAAAUUGACCUUAAUGGCUGAGAAAAAAGGACAUUGACAUUAAUGGCUGAGAAAAAGGGACAUUGACCUUAAUGGCUGAGAAAAAGGGACAUUGACCUUAAUGGCUGAGAACAGAGUACAAUGUUCUUAACAUCUGAGAACAAAGGACAUUAACCUUUAUUACUAAGAACAAGAGACAAUGUCUUUCAUGGUUAAGAACAAGAAACAAUGUCCUUCACGGCUGAGAACAAGAAACAAUGUCCUUCAUGGCUGAAAACAAGGAACAUGGACCUUAAUGUCUGAUAACAAGGGACAAUGUUUAAUGGCAGAGAACAAGGGACAUUGGCCUUAAUGGUUGAGAACAAGGGACAUUGGCCUUAAUGGUUGAGAACAAGGGACAUUGACCUUAAUGGUUGAGAACAAGGGACAUUGACCUUAAUGGUUGAGAACAAGGGACAUUGACCUUAAUGGUUGAAAACAAGGGACAUUGGCCUUAAUAGUUGAGAACAAGGGACUAUGACCUUAAUGUUUGAUAACAAGGGACAUUGGCCUUAAUGGUUGAGAACAAGGGACAUUGACCUUAAUGGUUGAGAACAAGGGACAUUGGCCUUAAUGGUUGAGAACAAGGUACAUUGACUUUGAUGACUGAAAACAAGGGACAUUGACCUUAAUAUCUGAGAUCAAAGGGACAAAAUUCCCUAAUGAUGAACGUAAAAAGGAAUGUUGGGAGAUGUGUGGUACAGAGGGAGAGAGCAAGUUAAACAUAAAGUCAGAUUCUAGUAGAGCACAGCCAGCUCUGGUUGAAACAACCUUCAGCUGGGAAAAGGACUAGACGUGACGUUCUGGCGAUCUCAAAGGACGUGGCUAAAGGGCUUCACUGUAAUGGUGCCACUUGAGUUUGUACAUUUGUAGAAGGGGGGUAUGCUGUCCCCUAAAGCUGCUCUCGAUCUGCCUAUUUAUUCACUAAAAUGAAAAUGGAUUUAUUUAUUUAUUAGAAUUUGCGUUGCUUUUCCUGAGUUUGUAUUUUUCCCCCCUCGACCCCUUUUUUGGUGUGAAGUUGAAUAAAUUAAAUAAAUAUACUGAGGUUGCACGGACCGCCACGUGUAAUCUGUAUUAAUAAAGUU